AUGGAACCAUCCCCCGAGAUGUACGCGAUACUCCUCCCUCUCAGUAUCAUCAUCUCCUUCAAUCUAACCAUCGGCAUCAUCAUGUGCUACUUCAUCCGUCGCAGACGUGUUCCCGACGAAGAAGCAACCGAGCUCAUAGAGACCAAGCCAAGUCUCGAGCGAGGCAUGCUCGUCGAAAUCAUCUCCAUCUAUCGUGACGGCAUCGAAAUCUACACAAGACACAAAUCACCCGCCAGUCCACGUCUGUACUACCAUCCCUCCCUCAAGGACCCCGAGCAGGCUCACAUGUACCUCCGCGACAUCCCAAUACCUCCCAAACGACCAAUAGACGAUUUACGACAAGAAUUAGCUGCAGGAAUUCGUUGGCUAUAUCGAUCUCAACAAUAA